AUGACCCCUUUCUGGUGCUGACAGGGGCCAGUGACUUCUGAAUGUGGAGACUGAGUUAUUCCUUUUUUUUUUUUUUUUUUUUUUUUUUUUUUUUUUUUUUUUUUUGCUUUUUUAGGGCCACACCUUCAGUACAUGGAGGUUCCCAGGCUAGGUGACGAAUCGGAGCCACAGCUCCUGGCCUAUACCACAGCCACAGCAACAUGGGAUCCAAGCCGCGUCUGUGACCUACACCACAGAGCACGCCAACGCCAGAUCCUUAACCCACUGCGUGAGGCCAGGGAUCAAACUGGAAACCCCAUGGUUCCUAGUCAGAUUCAUUUCUGCUGCACCACAAGGGGGGACUCCUGAGACCGAGUUAUUCUAAAGCUAAAGGCUUUUGCACUGUGGUUCCUGAGCCCAGGGUCUCCAACUCUUCCACUGAGGAUUUAAUAUGUUCCUUGUAGUGUUAAAUUACUUUUCUUGAGUGACUACUACAUACUAGGGGCUUCUCCUAGGUAAUGUUUUUCCUUUUCUUUUUCUUUCUUUCUUUCAAGGUAAUCUUAUUUAAUCCGUUUAUUUACAAUCACCUCAAGAGAAAGGUCUUUGUCAUUACCAUUUCAGAGAUAAAUUAGCUAGGAACUCCUUUAAGAAGACUGAGGCUCUUGCCCUAAGCCACUUAGUCAUUAUAAACUAGGACUACCUUUAUCACCAUGCAGGGAAUCUUUUGUUUGAGAAAAGGAACCAAUAUCUUUCAACUGGGACAGAAAGGAACCUGAUCUCAUAGCCUACCCUCUACUGUAAAUUAAUUUUUUCAACUUUUCAAAAUUGUGAAGGAUCCUAAUCCUUUCUUAGGAUUCUUUUGGUGUGAGACCUCGGACCUAUUACUCUAUUGCUAUUACUUAAAUUUGUAAAUUUGGGAGCUCCCCAAUGGCCUAGAGGUAAAAAAAAAUCCCACCUUGUCACUGCUCUGCCAAAGUUUGAUCCCUGGCCAGAGGAAAAAAAAAUUGUGAAUUUGUAUGAACCAGGCCUCGAGGGCCCCUCCUGCAGUUUUAACACCUACAGUCGUCUUGCAUGACAGUAAUCAACAUCCAUUUUCAGAGAAAGAAUCUGAAGCCUUAAGAGGUCAGUGACUUGGCCAAGGUCAUACAUCGAGGGACUCAUACACACAUAUCCGGAACCUAGGGGAUCCUUGGCUCAAGUACAAGGGCUACCUGCGAGUGCCAUUACCACCCAGAGACCAGGAUGCCAGCGUCCUAGCCUGAGAAAAAGCAUCAGGGCGACCUCAGUCGGAGGGUCCCAGGUUUAAGCCUGGACUAGUGCUGCCCUCGAGCGGCGGUACUGCGUAACCCAGGGAGGGCCGAGGAUUGCGCAGCUGAAAACGGCAGGCGCUGGGACCAUGAAGCCUGGGGAAUCAACCAGCCCAUCCUAGCUCAAGUACGACCUAGUUUAUCAUUUUUUACAGGACUGGCUCAAGGUCCUUCAGGACCUACCAGGGUUAUCACAUAACUUUGAGACAGGCUAAGAUUUAAGCACUAACGGUGGGCCACUGUGGGCAAAACGCAGCACCCUCUGCAGGCCUCAGUGUCCCCAUCUGUCAAAUGGGUAGCUUAAACAGGCAGAGGCCCAGAAAAGAUAACGGGAGGAAUCUGCUCUCUGCAUUAUGCGCGGCGCCAAACAGUCUGAGUCACUGUAGUUGGUAGUAUUUUUCCACCUCCGGGGUGCCCCUCCCAACCCGCCCCGGUUUCGGAGGGUCCUACAGGAAGCGCCCCCGCGACGCCGGGCUCCGCACGCUCUAACCACGCCCUCUGCGCGCAGCGCCCUGGCCCCGCCCACGAAAGAAUUCGCAGAUUCGCUAGGCCAGCUCCUCCUCAGAAUUACUCCUCUAUAUUCGGCCGAAAAUUCUCCUCGGACUCCGUAGCCAUUACCCCCGGUCGGAAGUGAGCAGUCCUCUGAGUUGUGCUAGUAAGAAAGGUCCACGGAAAGUGGCCGACUCUGCCAACAGGGCUUGGCUAUCGAGGCAUUAUUUUCUUGGCUCCAUCAAGGCGGUGAAGGGAGGCAACAGCUGAGGCCAGGACCUGUGGCGAAUCUGCAGCCUCUUAGACCUUCGGCCGCGUGAGGAAGGGGCAGGAAAGAGGAGCAAAAGGAGCGCGCAUCCCGUCUACCGAUUCGCCCCGCCCGCCUGACGAAUCUGCGCUUGUUCAACGCGCCACUCAAAUCUCCCCAGCUCUGGCUGGCCGCCUCCCCUCCGCCCCGCCCCCUUUUCCUCAGGGAUUAGUCGCUGCUUUCGUCGCCGCCGAUUCGUCAAGGACCCGAAGCCAGAGCAGCUGGAUAGUUGUGGUGAAGCCCACUCUCCGGGGGAUGCGGCCACUUUCCACGCUCCCUGGGCCACAACUCUCGAGCCUCACAGGGCGCCGGCCGAGGCGAAGCCGCUAUCCUCGGCCCCUUGGGUCUCCCGGCAGCGCCCGUGGCGAAAUGUAAAUGAGCAAAGAUGGAUCAGGAAGGUGGGGGAGAUGGGCAGAAGGCCCCGAGCUUCCAGUGGCGGAACUACAAGCUCAUCGUGGAUCCUGCCUUGGACCCUGCCUUGCGCAGGCCUUCUCAAAAGGUGUACCGCUAUGAUGGAAUUCACUUCAGUGUCAACGACUCAAAGUAUAUACCAGUUGAAGACCUCCAAGACCCCCGCUGCCACGUCAGGUCCAAAAACAGAGACUUUUCCCUCCCAGUCCCUAAGUUUAAGCUGGACGAGUUCUACAUCGGACAGAUCCCACUGAAAGAAGUGACUUUCGCGAGGCUGAAUGACAACGUGCGGGAGACCUUCCUGAAGGACAUGUGCCGAAAGUAUGGCGAGGUGGAAGAGGUCGAGAUCCUUCUUCACCCUCGUACUCGCAAGCACCUGGGCCUGGCCCGUGUGCUCUUCACCAGCACUCGGGGAGCCAAGGAAACAGUCAAAAACCUCCACCUUACCUCCGUCAUGGGCAACAUCAUCCACGCCCAGCUCGACAUCAAAGGACAGCAACGAAUGAAGUAUUAUGAGCUGAUAGUCAAUGGCUCCUACACCCCUCAGACGGUGCCCACUGGGGGCAAGGCUCUGAGUGAGAAGUUCCAAGGCUCUGGUGCAGCCACUGAGACGACUGAAUCCCGCCGCCGAUCCUCCUCCGACACAGCUGCCUUCCCAGCAGGCACUGCUGUGGUGGGCACUCCUGGCAAUGGCACCCCCUGUUCCCAGGACACAAGCUUCUCCAGCAGCCGACAAGACACCCCAUCUUCCUUCGGCCAGUUCACCCCUCAGUCCUCCCAAGGAACCCCCUACACGUCUCGGGGCAGCACCCCCUACUCUCAGGACUCCGCCUACUCCAGCAGCACCACUUCCACCUCCUUCAAGCCCCGGCGGUCAGAGAACAGCUACCAAGAUUCGUUCUCCCGCCGCCAUUUCUCUGCAUCUUCGGCCCCCACGACCACCUCUGCAGCCAUCCCCGCCACCACGGCAGCCACCGCCGCCGCCUCCUCUUCUUCCUCCUCGUUGUCCUCAUCCUCUUCGUCGUCCUCGUCUUCCUCAUCCUCUCAUUUUCGUGGUUCAGACUCAAACUACCCAGCAUAUUAUGAAAGCUGGAAUCGCUACCAACGCCAUGCUUCCUACCCACCCCGCCGGGCAACUCGGGAGGAGCCCUCAGGGGCACCUUUUGCUGAAAAUGCAGCUGAGCGCUUCCCACCUUCCUACACCUCCUACUUGCCCCCGGAGCCCAGCCGCCCUGCUGACCAGGACUACCGGCCUCCUGCCUCGGAAGCUCCACCCCCAGAGCCUCCAGAACCUGGUGGAGGUGGCGGGGGCGGGGGGCCCAGCCCCGAGAGAGAAGAAGCUCGGACCUCCCCCCGGCCAGCCUCACCCGCCCGCUCUGGCUCCCCAGCCCCAGAGACCACCAAUGAGAGCGUGCCCUUCGCUCAGCACAGCAGCCUGGAUUCUCGCAUUGAGAUGUUGCUGAAGGAGCAGCGCUCCAAGUUUUCUUUCCUGGCCUCCGACACUGAGGAAGAGGAAGAAAACAGCGCCACAGGCCCUGGUGCCAGAGAUGCGGGGAGCGAGCUGCCUUCUGGGUCAGGUCACGGCCCCUGCACGCCCCCUCCAGCCCCAGCAAAUUUUGAGGAUGUGGCACCCACAGGGAGUGGGGACCCAGGAGCUCCCCGGGAGUCACCCAAGGCCAACGGACAGAGCCAGGCUUCUCCAUGCUCUUCUGGAGAGGACAUGGAAAUCUCCGACGAUGACCGGGGCGGCUCACCCCCUCCGGCCCCCACACCCCAGCAACCCCCACCCCCUCCCCCUCCUCCACCCCCUCCCCCUCCGUACCUGGCUUCCCUUCCCCUGGGUUAUCCUCCCCACCAGCCUGCCUACCUCCUCCCACCCCGACCUGAUGGGCCACCGCCCCAGUACCCCCCGCCUCCUCCACCGCCCCCCCACAUCUAUGACUUUGUGAACUCCCUAGAGCUCAUGGAUCGACUUGGGGCUCAGUGGGGAGGGAUGCCCAUGUCCUUCCAGAUGCAGACCCAGAUGUUAACUCGGCUCCACCAGCUGCGGCAGGGCAAAGGAUUGACUGCUGCCUCAGCUGGUCCCCCCAGUGGGGCCUUUGGGGAGGCCUUCCUUCCAUUCCCACCCCACCAAGAGGCAGCCUAUGGCUUACCCUAUGCUUUGUACACACAAGGGCAAGAAGGCCGAGGGGCGUACUCCCGGGAGGCCUAUCACCUGCCUUUGCCCAUGGCAGCCGAGCCCCUGCCCUCCUCCUCAGUCUCGGGAGAAGAGGCCCGGCUGCCUCCCAGGGAGGAAGCAGAGCUGGCAGAGGGCAAGGCCCUACCAUCGGCAGGCACUGUGGGCCGCGUGCUGGCCACCUUAGUCCAAGAGAUGAAGAGCAUCAUGCAGCGAGACCUCAACCGCAAGAUGGUGGAGAAUGUGGCCUUUGGAGCCUUUGACCAGUGGUGGGAAAGCAAGGAAGAAAAGGCCAAGCCAUUCCAGAACGCAGCUAAACAGCAAGCCAAGGAGGAGGAUAAAGAGAAGACAAAGCUCAAAGAGCCAGGCCUGCUGUCCCUCGUAGACUGGGCCAAGAGCGGGGGUACCACCGGCAUUGAAGCUUUUGCCUUUGGGUCAGGGCUGCGAGGGGCCCUGCGGCUGCCUUCUUUCAAGGUAAAGCGAAAAGAGCCUUCAGAAAUUUCAGAGGCCAGUGAGGAAAAGAGGCCCCGGCCUUCUACUCCCGCUGAAGAAGAUGAAGAUGAUGCUGAGCGAGAGAAGGAGGUUGGAGAGCCAGGGCGUCCGGGGACCAAGCCCCCGAAGCGAGAUGAAGAGCGCAGCAAGACCCAGGGCAAGCACCGCAAGUCCUUUGCUCUGGACAGCGAGGGAGAGGAGGCGUCACAGGAGUCCUCCUCGGAGAAGGAUGAGGAGGAUGAAGAGGAAGAUGAGGAAGAUGAAGAGCGUGAGGAAGCCAUGGAUGCUGCCAAGAAGGAGACAGGGGCAUCAGAUGGCGAGGACGAGGAAAGCGAUUCGUCCUCCAAAUGUUCUCUGUAUGCUGACUCAGAUGGCGAGAAUGAUAGCACGUCGGACUCCGAGAGCAGCAGCUCAUCCAGCUCCACAUCUUCCUCCUCUUCCUCCUCCUCGUCGUCAUCGUCCUCCUCCUCAUCUGAGUCCUCCUCUGAAGAGGAAGAAGAGGAAGAGGAGCAGCCCGCAACCAUACCCUCAGCGCCAUCGCCCCCUAGAGAUGUCCCUGCGCCCCUGCCAGCACCUGCCGAGGAGCCUGAGCCGGAAAGGGUUGCGGACUCCCCCGUCACAGCUCUCCCCGAACAGGAGACGUCUCCGGCAAGACCGGCGGGAUCCGCUGAGGAGCUCCCUCCCAGCGUGCCCCAGCCUCCCCCGGAGCCACCAGCUGGGCCCCCGGCCCCUGCCCCCCGCCCCGAUGAGCGCCCCUCCUCUCCUAUCCCCCUCUUGCCUCCACCCAAGAAACGCCGGAAAACCGUCUCCUUCUCUGCCGUGGAGGAGGUGCCAGCCCCAGAGCCUCCCCCGGCUGCCCCGCCGCAGGUCAAGUCUCCCGUUCCCACCUCCCGCAAGGUCCCCCGGGGCGUAGAGCGGACCAUUCGCAACCUGCCCCUGGACCACGCAUCUCUGGUCAAGAGCUGGCCGGAAGAGGUGUCCCGAGGAGGCAGGAACCGGGCCGCAGGCCGAGGCCGCUCCACCGAAGAAGAAGAGGCUGAGCCAGGGACGGAAGUGGACCUGGCGGUGCUGGCCGACCUGGCCUUGACCCCAGCCCGGCGUGGGCUGCCCACCCUGCCAGCCGGCGACGACUCAGAGGCCACAGAGACAUUGGACGAGGCGGACCGCCCGGGCCCCCUGCUCAGCCACAUCCUCCUGGAGCACAACUACGCCCUGGCGGUCAAGCCGCCGCCCUCCACGCCGGCCCCUCGGCCUCUGGAGCCAGUUCCUGCCCCCGCAGCCCUCUUCAGCUCCCCGGCAGACGAGGUCCUGGAGGCCCCUGAGGUGGUGGUGGCUGAGGCGGAGGAGCCAAAGCAACAGCAGCAGCAGCAGGAAGAGGGGGAGGAGGAGGAGGAGGAAGAGGAGGAGUCGGAGUCAUCGGAGAGCAGCAGCAGCAGCAGCAGUGACGGCGAGGGGGCCAUCCGGCGGCGCAGCCUCCGCUCCCACACGAGACGCCGGCGGCCGCCCCCGCCCCCCCCACCCCCGCCCCCUCCCACCUACGAGCCGCGCAGCGAGUUUGAGCAGAUGACCAUCCUGUAUGACAUUUGGAACUCGGGCCUGGACUUGGAGGACAUGGGCUACCUGCGGCUGACAUACGAGCGGCUGCUGCAGCAGACGAGUGGGGCUGACUGGCUUAACGACACCCACUGGGUCCAUCACACCAUCACCAACCUGAGCACUCCAAAACGCAAGCGGCGGCCUCAGGAUGGGCCCCGCGAGCACCAGACGGGCUCGGCUCGAAGCGAAGGCUAUUACCCCAUCAGCAAGAAGGAGAAGGACAGGUACCUGGAUGUGUGCCCCGUCUCGGCCCGGCAGCUGGAAGGAGCCGACACUCAGGGGACGAACCGUGUGCUUUCGGAGCGCCGGUCGGAGCAGCGGCGGCUGCUGAGCGCCAUCGGCACGUCGGCCAUCAUGGACAGCGACCUGCUGAAGUUAAACCAGCUCAAGUUCCGGAAGAAGAAGCUGCGAUUUGGCCGGAGCCGGAUCCACGAGUGGGGGCUGUUUGCCAUGGAACCCAUCGCAGCCGACGAGAUGGUCAUCGAAUAUGUGGGUCAGAACAUCCGCCAGAUGGUGGCCGACAUGCGGGAGAAGCGCUACGUGCAGGAGGGCAUUGGCAGCAGCUACCUGUUCCGGGUGGAUCAUGACACCAUCAUCGAUGCCACGAAGUGUGGCAACCUGGCGAGGUUCAUCAACCACUGCUGCACGCCCAACUGCUAUGCCAAGGUGAUCACCAUCGAGUCGCAGAAGAAGAUCGUGAUCUACUCCAAGCAGCCCAUCGGUGUGGACGAGGAGAUCACCUACGACUACAAGUUCCCGCUGGAGGACAACAAGAUCCCGUGUCUGUGCGGCACCGAGAGCUGCCGCGGCUCCCUCAACUGAGGUGGGGCAGGACUGGUGCCCUCACCCCUAUUUAUUCCCCUUGGUGCCCUGAGCUCCCAGCCCACCCAGCCUUAGUGGGCUCAGCAGGGCCCACGUGCCCCAUCUCCGAAUGUGGGGUUGGGGGCCCCCCGAGCCCAGGAGGGAGCCUCAGUCCCUUGAGGCGACUUCUGCUUCCCCUCUUGCCCCUGCCCACCCAUCCCCUGAAUUUUUUUUCUUUGCGGAGAAGAAGCUGUAAAUGUUUUGUAGCUGCCAGCAGCUGUUUCCUGUGGAAACCUGGGGUGCCGGCCUGUACAGAUCCUGUUCUUGGGGGCUGCACAGCCCCCUUGCUUUGUGUUCAUGGGGCUUCCCCUUUGUGCCCUGCGUGCACCCCUCCCCAGUUUAGGGGUCUCUAGGGGCAGUGGCCAUGUUCUCCCCCUGGGGGGGGGCCCUGCGCCCCCAGUCCUGGGGACUCCGUGCCUGGAACCCUGCCUCAUCUUCUGUUCCUGCCAGACCCUGUGGGUCACCCUCCCAGCCUGGUGUCUGGAAGCUCCGGCUUUGCCAGGCCGGGAUGGUGGGGGGCGGGCCCUUCCUGUUGGGCUGGACUGUACAUAUGUUAAUAGCGCAAACCCAACGCCACAUUUUUAUAAUUGUGAUUAAACUUUAUUGUACAAAA